AUCUUUUUUUAUUUCGUAUAAUUGUUUACACUAGUUGCGCUUCGAGAAAAAAGAAAAAAAAACCCUUACCCUUUUACUUCUUUCCUAAACCUCUUUCCUCCCUUUAACCAUUUCAUACUUUUCAAAAAUUUAAACAAUAUAUAAAAAAAACACAAAAAAAAUCUAUAAAAAAACAAAAAAAUCUCAAUGUCUAAUCGUAACACUGUUCAUGUAAAGAAUACCAAACCUAACAACAACAACAACAACAACAACAUCCGUCAUUCUUUUGCUGCAUCUAAACCUCAUAACAACAAUAAUAAUAAUCAUGCUGUCAUGAACAAACAAGCUAUUCAACAACCCAAGAAGAGCCAAAAGAAUAACCGUCGAAAGAGCAAAAAAGUCUAUGAAGAUGAUUCAAGCUCUUCUUCAUCCUCAGAAGAAUCCGAUGCUGUUGUUCCUUCCAUUAAAUCUACGAAAAGAAAAUCCUCCCCUAAACGUCCUGUUCACAUUGAUUAUAAAAGUUUGGUUGAUCAAGUCUAUGCUGGACCCACGUUCAAUAAUGCUCCUGCUCCCUCCUCUCUCCCUUUACCCCCCGUCUUUCAUCGUUCCCCUACGAUGUAUCCUGAAGUCAUCCACUCUGCUUACGAAAUGGAACAAACCAAUAUGGUACUUUCGGAAAUUCAACGUGGUCUUCGCUCCAUGCUCAAGAUUGAAUCUUAA